UUAGUUCUGUUGAUUGGAUCGGUUUGUCAGUCCGGUUCACUGGAUUGCCCUGUUAGUAGUUCUGUCCAUGAUUAGAUUGGUGUGUGAGUCUGGUCCGUUGCGUUGGAUUGUUCCUUUGAUUCUGUCUGUCAGUUGUUUUGGUCCAUCACAUCAGUCGAGUCCAAUAGAUACGCGGCACGUGGUACAAGUGCCUUGUUCCUCACUGACACGGUACACACACACACACACACACACACACACCAGUUCAGUUGAAUGAAAUCAGAGGUGUCAGACAUGGACCUGCCCUUUUACUCGGACCUUUCGGACAGCACAGGCCCACAUGGUGACUUCUUGGACCCUCAGUCCUACAACGGAUAUGAUUCAGUAAACAAGUUCCCUGGAGGCAGUGAUAAUUACCUCACCAUCACUGGGUCUGGACACCCUUUCCUCUCGUCAUCUGAGACGUUUCACACACCAAGCCUGGGCGAUGAGGAGUUUGAAAUCCCGCCCAUCUCUCUGGACCCAGACUCGGCCCUUACUGUGUCCGACGUGGUGUCACAUUUUGGGGAGAUGUCUGAUGAUGGGCCCUCGGGGGGAGUGCCAGGCAAUGCUGUAGUUGGAGGGGAAGAUCCCUCUUUUGCUUCCCCCUUUGUGAACCAACCCUCCCAGAGCCUGGAACACCUUAGCUUGGGGGUGAUGAGCCAGCCAGGAGAAGGGGCUCUGCUGAGCUCUACGCUUGGUAUGGAGUUGGGCCAUCCAAUUGGCUCCCAAUUUAGCAGCUCCUCCCCGAUGACUAUAGAUGUUCCUUUGAGCGACAUGAAUCAUGGAUUGCUUGGCCACAACCAGCUGACCACCAUCGAUCAGUCAGAGCUCAGUGCCCAGCUUGGACUCAGCCUUGGCGGUGGGACAAUCUUGCCCCGCCCACAGUCACCUGACCAGCCUCUGUCCGCCACACCAUCUCCAGCCGGCUCUCUGCAGGAUGAAGACAUGGAUGAUUUCAGACAGAAGAGUGCGCUGGUCGAGUCUCCGGUCCCCCUUUCUGUGUCUCCUGCGGUUAUCUCCCUGAGCCCAUCCCUGGCUGACUCGCCCCUCCCACCCACCUCUACUGCCCCACCAACCCUGGUGAAACGAGGGGGUGCCAGUGGAGGCGGAGGGGGCAAGAAAGGGAAGAAGAAGAAGGAUCCCAACGAGCCCCAGAAGCCGGUGUCAGCCUAUGCCCUGUUCUUCAGGGACACGCAAGCAGCCAUCAAGGGCCAAAACCCCAACGCCACCUUCGGGGAGGUGUCCAAAAUUGUGGCUUCCAUGUGGGACAGCCUGGGGGAGGAGCAGAAGCAGGUGUACAAAAGGAAGACUGAAGCAGCAAAGAAGGAGUAUCUCAAAGCGCUUGCAGCCUACAAAGCCAACCAGGUGUCUCAGACUGUGAUGGAGGUGAUAGAAACCCCUCCAUCGCCCCCAGCUCCAACCCCGGUCCCAGUUCCAGCCCCGGCUCCGCCCCCAGCACCCACCCCCGCUCCCACCCCUACACGCUCCACCCGAAUUCCCCACCACGCUCCUGAGCAGAACACCAUUACCAACAUCUGCACCUCAAACAUCAUCCUGGACCUGCCCCAGGUCACAACACGCUCGCGCACGGGAGCCUACAAAUCCCCCGCCGCCUCGGCACCGCCCCCCCCGACCGUCACCAAGAUCAUCAUCUCUAAGCAGGUGGCAGCCAACGCCAGCAGCCAGGUCCCUGCAUCUGUGGUGACGGUGAUCCCGGCCCCCCGCGCCGUGAAGUCUUCCCCAUCCUCCGCACCCGCUUCCUCCCCCGCCCCCCGCCAGCCUCCACCCCUGCAGCAGAUGCAGAACACACCCCCGCCUCCCCGUCUGCAGCAAAUGGUCCAUUCCCCUGCCCCGCCCCCUCUCCAGGCCAAACCCCGUAGCGGAGGAGGCGGGGCAGCGCCAGCAGCAUCCGUGACCCCGGCGGCGCCACCUCCACUGCAGAUCAAGAUAGUACCUGCCCCCCUGCAAGCCGAGCUGGCCACGCCCAUUAUGGUGACGACAGCGGCAACGGCGACGGCACCCUGCUCAGUGCCCGUUUCCUCCACCCCUGCCGUGGCCAUGGAAGUGGCACAGCCCGCUGCCAUUGUGAGUGCGUGCUCCCCGCCUGCAGGGGGUGCUGUGGCUGAGACAGACGAAUUCACCUCCAACGAGAUGGAGGUAGAGCUGACAGUGUCGCCUGGCCCAGAGGAAGGCGCCCUGCGCCCCGCAGGGACCCCCAACCGCUGCGUCCGUGCCGGAUGCACAAACCCCCCCGUAGAGAGCAAGGACUGGGACAAGGAGUACUGCAGCAACGAGUGUGUGGCCACCCAUUGUAGGGACGUCUUUAUGGCCUGGUGCUCCAUCCGAAGUCAGAACUCCACCACUGUCACAUGAAAGGUGGACGGAGCAAAGAAGGAAGCAGGGAGGGAGGUAGAGAAAGAGAGAGAGAUACAGACCCCUCAUCCUCCCUCUAUGUCCUCUUGUUGGCAGUGCUGUGAGAUCAGGGGGCUCUCCAUUACAUUCAGAUAGCCCAGGAUGUGAAUAUUGACUUGUGUAAAAUAAUUAUUUUUAUUUGUUUUUAACAGCUGGCAACAGGACGCUGCUCAGAUUGCACAACAGCUACAGCUGUCGGAAAUGUAAGGGCCUCUUAAAGCUCUUACUUCUUUGGGUGUUUGCCGGCAUUCCCACCUAGAGAUUGGAUGCGGUAAAAGUAGUCCGUCAGCGCGUGCGUCAGCAACUGCCACUGUUAUUUCGCACAGUGUUUUCACCUUGGUUCCCUUUGGGGGUCUAACCUCCAAGAAGGAGAACUUCCUCACCAGACUCUGACAUGACUGAAGCCGACAUUCCCGCUCGCGGUCCUGGGCAACACAGCUGUGUGCGGUUUUGUUCCAGAUCACUCUGUAGUGGGGAAGGGAGCUGAUGAAAUGGAAACACUUAGAAGCAAAAGGUUGCUGGUUCAAACCCCACUACUACUGUAAUACCGUGAAUUGCUCCUGUAUAAAAGAGUCAAAUCCCACAAAUCAUCUCGACUGUUGGCUAAGCAACAAAUUAUUAAUUAUGUAUCCUUUCUUAUAUUCAGGAAAAAGUCACUUGUUGUGCACAUUUUCAGGGCUCAUAGGUGAAAGAUUGAUGUCUUUUAACAAGAGAAGUACAUGUGUGUUACUGCUACUGGUGUUCAUCAGGUCUUCAGCUCAUGGCACAAAAUUGGAAUGAUGUACAGAAUGGAUUUGAAACACUAAAUUAUUUCUUUUACAUACUGAAACAGCAAUU